AUGCGGAACUAUGCCGCAUCGAACCUCUAUGACUUCUCACCAGGUAUCGCAAGGCCUACAGUUGACGACAAUGCAAGAUUUGAGAUCAAGCCGAUAAUGUUACAAAUGAUCCAGAAUGUCGGCCAGUUUGGAGGAAUGCAGGGUGAAGACCCGCAUGCCUAUCUUACAAGCUUUGUGGAGAAAUGUAACACAUUCUUGAUUCUAGGCGUGACGCUGGAAGGGAUUCGUUUGUCUCUAUUCCCUUACACUCUUCGAGACGAGGCUAAGAAAUUGACCUAUUCGCUUGAACCUAAUGAGAUAGUAUCAUGGGACCAACUGGUUGAACGAGCCACCCAAGAAAUUGCGGAUGCCUCUAUAAUUGUGGCUUCAUGGACAAGACAUACACAGAGGCUAAGUUAUGGGAGCUGGAAUGUCAAAAAAAAGGAAGACAGAAGAGGCAAUAAGACCAAAAGAUAUGGUGAGCUCAUUAGCCGCUCAGAUGGCGUGGUUACAUCUCUUCUUCAAACCAUGGUGAUCAACCAGAGCGCGUUGAAUAGAAAUGUUGCACAACUGAACACAAUGAUGCAAGUUGCGGUGCAUAAGGGAAACCCUCUCGGAUUCCAUCAACAACCUCAAGGUCAUCAGCCACAUCAAAGCCGAAACCAGUAUAACCACGACCAAGCGUCAAGUUCCAAUGCAUUGUCAUCUCUAGAAGCAUUCCUCAAGGAGUACAUUCAGAAGAAUGAUGCAUUGAUUCAAUCGCAAGCUACCUCAAUACGUAUUGUAGAACUCCAAGUGGGACAGUUCGCUAAUGGUUUGAAAACAAGGCAGCCAGGAUCCUUACCAAGCAACUUCGAAGCUCCGUGA